CUUAAUCUCUGAGCUGAUCUCACAGGUUUCGCAUUCCAAUACGUUUCAGACUCAUGUCUUCAGCUCCUCAUGUCUCACUUUGGACUAGUUGGACUUGAGAGUCGCACCCCGACUAAGUCAUGCACUCAACGUAGGGUUUUGCAAUGUUGAGGUCGACUCCAAGCUGCAAGCCCAGGGCGUCGAAGUGAGGGAUGGGGAUACUCCGUUAGAGAUCCAAUGGACCAGAACAAUGCUCAACAACUGAUGUGUGGUUCGUGCGACACCCGAUUAGCUGAAUUCCGGGUUCUCAAGACUCCGCUAAACAUUUGUUGCCUGCCUGUACCGAACGUACGCUGCGAAAACUCUACUAUUUAGUAUCGUCUAACUUAGCCUAGUUGAAUCAAUUUUUACUCAGUAAAAUGUUUGAAUAUUUUUGCAGACAAAGGCGCAGACCAAAACAAUUGUAAAUACAAGCUUUG